UCUCGCGCAUGCGCAGGGCGGGGAGACCUUGGCUAAACUUACCAGCGGCUAAGCGGAGGUGAAAGCCCUGUCGGUAGGGUCAGGACCAAGGGAAGAUGCAGAGCUGGAGUCGUGUGUACUGCUCCUUGGCCAAGAGAGGCCAUUUCAAUCGGAUAUCUCAUGGCUUACAAGGAGUUUCUUCAGUGCCUUUAAGAACUUAUGCAGAUCAACCAAUUGAUGCUGAUGUGACAGUGAUUGGCUCUGGCCCUGGAGGAUAUGUUGCUGCCAUCAAAGCUGCCCAGUUAGGCUUUAAGACAGUCUGCGUUGAGAAGAAUGAAACACUAGGUGGAACAUGUUUGAAUGUGGGCUGUAUUCCUUCAAAGGCUUUACUGAAUAAUUCUCAUUAUUACCAUAUGGCCCAUGGAAAAGAUUUUGCAUCUAGGGGAAUUGAAAUGUCAGAAGUUCGCUUGAAUUUAGAGAAGAUGAUGGAGCAGAAGAGUUCUGCAGUGAAAGCCUUAACAGGGGGAAUUGCCCACCUAUUCAAACAAAAUAAGGUUGUUCACGUCAAUGGAUUUGGAAAGAUAACUGGCAAAAAUCAGGUCACAGCUACAAAAGCCGAUGGCAGCACUCAGGUUAUUGGUACAAAAAACAUCCUUAUAGCUACAGGUUCAGAGGUCACUCCUUUUCCUGGAAUCACGAUUGAUGAAGAUACUAUAGUGUCAUCUACAGGAGCUUUAUCCUUAAAAAAAGUUCCAGAGAAGUUGGUUGUUAUUGGUGCAGGAGUAAUUGGUGUAGAAUUGGGUUCAGUUUGGCAAAGACUGGGUGCAGAUGUGACAGCAGUUGAGUUCUUGGGUCACGUGGGUGGAAUUGGAAUUGACAUGGAGAUAUCUAAAAAUUUCCAACGGAUUCUUCAAAAGCAAGGAUUUAAGUUUAAACUGAAUACAAAAGUUACUGGUGCCACCAAGAAGUCAGAUGGAAAAAUUGACGUGUCUGUUGAAGCUGCUUCUGGUGGUAAAGCUGAAGUUAUCACUUGUGAUGUACUCCUGGUUUGUAUUGGUCGACGGCCCUUUACUCAGAAUUUGGGACUAGAGGAGCUUGGAAUUGAACUAGAUCCCAGAGGUAGAAUUCCAGUCAAUACCAGAUUCCAAACUAAAAUUCCAAAUAUCUAUGCUAUUGGGGAUGUGGUUGCUGGUCCAAUGUUGGCUCACAAAGCAGAAGAUGAAGGCAUCAUCUGUGUUGAAGGAAUGGCUGGUGGUGCUGUGCACAUUGACUAUAAUUGUGUGCCGUCGGUGAUUUACACACACCCCGAGGUCGCUUGGGUUGGCAAAUCAGAAGAGCAGUUGAAAGAAGAGGGUAUUGAGUACAAAGUCGGUAAGUUCCCCUUUGCGGCCAACAGUAGAGCUAAGACGAAUGCUGACACGGACGGCAUGGUGAAGAUUCUGGGACAGAAAUCAACAGAUCGAGUACUGGGAGCACACAUUCUGGGGCCAGGUGCUGGAGAAAUGGUGAAUGAAGCUGCCCUGGCUUUGGAAUACGGAGCUUCUUGUGAAGAUAUAGCUAGAGUCUGCCACGCACAUCCGACUUUAUCCGAGGCUUUUAGAGAAGCAAACCUGGCUGCAUCUUUUGGCAAACCAAUCAACUUUUAAUUAGAAGAUUGUUUUUCCUAAAAUCUGGAAGCUUUUGUCAAGGUUACAUUUUUGAGCAGGAUUAUCUCUCAGUUUCAGGAAUUUAUAGAAUGAAAUUAUGAAACUUCUGGAAGGUAUUUAGUAGGUUUAAACAGAAUGGAAUAACCUUGUACCUGUAUUUUAAAUAUUUUGUUCCAGUGUAUUAAUCUGGAUAAAAAGCUACAUAUAGUAGCUUUGGAAAGUUUCUGACUUGUGUUUUCAUGCUGUCUGUGAGAUUCAACUUUACUGAAUUGGCAUUAAUGGAUUUUAUCUCUAAUUCAGUGGAGGUGAAUCUGUUACAGGGAAGGAGCUGGAUAAUUCGUGUGAACAGCUUCAAGAAAACUGACCAAGUUAAAUUUGGUUUUCAUAUUGGAAACGAGUCAGUGAUUAGAACAAGAUUCAAAUAUGUACAAACAACUUAUGUAAAUAAAAGUGAUUGUCUCUCAUUUUAUUUAACUCCCAAAUUCCGGGUAGUUUAGAGAUAGAAUUACGUGUUUUGAGGUUGUAGUAAGACCUGUAAGUUUAAAGGGCAUUCAGUUGCCCAAAUGAAGAUUCUGUAUACAAAACUAUUAAAUGGAGACUCAUGAUUAUACCAGGAAAUGAAGAUACCAAAAUAAACAUGUCUUAAUAUUUA